AUGAAACAUCUGAAAUUAUCUAUCCCCUGCAUGAAUUAAUCCUUCCUCUACAAGGGGAACUUUUUAGACAUCAAUUACGAGGAGCUUGUUAAGUUUGCAGAGAGCAAAUUAGGCAAAAAGUUGACUCCAGAACUCUAUUUUGUUUAUGUUAAUGUCGAAGGUGACAAUUUUGUAAUAGAUAAUGACCAUAAACUAAAUAAUCUGAAGAAGUUAAAUUCUUAGGUUUUGAAAAUCAUUCUCAAGGAAUUCGAAAGACAAGUAGUUCUUCAUCCAAAUACAAUUUGUUCUGUUUGCCAAUAGUCUCCAAUUUAAAAUAUUAGGCACAAGUGCGUUGUCUGUGAAGAUGUGGAUUUGUGUCAGCAUUGCAGUAUCGAACAUAGCAGAUUGCAUCCGUUGAUUAUGAUUUCUAAACCAGAAUAAGUGAUAUACUUAGAAAGUUUUUUUAAAAAGCACAUGAAGAAGGUGAAGAAUAUUUUAAAUUGUUCCAUCAGCAAAUCAAAAAGCACAGUCAUUGCAAUCAAAGAUGUGAUUAUGAAAAAGAAACAAGAUUAUUUUGGAAAUGUCAAAUAACAACAAGAUUAAUAAAUCGAUUAGGGACAAUUCAAGAAACCUCCAAGUCCAGAAGAAGAGGAUGUGUUGAACAAGACUCUGAGAUUGUCAGAAAUAUUUGAAGGACAACCCAGCACUUAUGAGAAAUUCGUUAAAUAGAAUAAGGAGUUGACAUUUGAAGAAUUAGUUGAGAAAGCAUCUGAAAAAUUUGCCUGA